AUGGAUCAACACAAGAAACAGGAUCUGCAGAGUGAGCCAACAGUUCACUUUUUUAAUCCGCUAAUAAUAGAAAAACGAAACAUUGUGGCAGAUCCUUUUUCGAGGAUAGACAAAUCGAAAUGGUUAGUCAACAUUAGUAAUAAGCGGAUACCGAACUCGGUGUCAGAUUUUCUGUGUUUGGGAGAUUUUGCGUUACCGAUUAACCAAUUCGAUAAAAAGGACCGCGAAAAUUCCGUUUUAGAAACAAUAAAGAAUUUCGAAGUUAAUGCUCACAGGUUUCCGGAGAAUGCGGCUGACAAGGGUCAGGUCACUGUUAUUAUGGACAGGGAUGAAUACUUGACAAAAAUGACUGAUUUACUUAAAGACGAGUCCACGUACAAAAAAUUAAAGAAAGAUCCUAUUAGACAAAUCUCCUUGAAAUUAAAUAAACUUGUCAGAUCGUGGCGAGACAGUGGUAUUAUCGAGGACACGGACUACAAGCGUUUAAAUUGCACCAACGGUAAUCUCCCACGUUGUUACGGGCUGCCAAAGAUCCAUAAAAAUGGUUUUCCGCUACGGAUUAUUGUUUCGGCUUUGGGAAGUCCCUUAUAUAACGUAGCGUCCUUUCUCCACAGUAUCUUGCAUCACUCUAUUCGCCCACCUAAGUCUCACAUCAAGGACAGUUGGUCCUUUGUAAGAGAAAUCAAUGACAUUGAGAUUAAUACUGAUGAGGUACUCGUUUCCCUCGAUGUAACGGCUCUUUUCACCAACAUCCCGAAGGAGUUAGUUCUCAGAGGAAUAGAAAAACGUUGGCAGGAUAUCUCUGGUAACACGAAGCUUAAUUUACCGCAAUUUUUGCAUGCUAUUGAGCUGGUACUGGGAUCUACGAGUUUCAGUUUUAAUGGUGACACAUAUGAACAGAUCUUUGGCAGUCCGAUGGGAUCUCCGCUUUCACCAAUAUUAGCGGAUAUUGUGAUGGAGGAUUUAGAGACUCACUGUCUUGCUAUGCUUAAUUUUUCUCUGUCGUUUUUUCGCCGUUAUGUCGAUGAUGUUAUUGCCGUAAUUCCUAAGGAUAAAAUUGGGGAUGUCCUUGACGCGUUUAAUAACUAUCACCCCCGUUUAAAAUUUACUCACGAAUUGGAG